AUGGAGAUCGCCACUGCCUCUUGGGACGUGGCCGGAGUGCGCAUUACGCCGCCCGAGCUGCGCUUCGUGGACGCGGUGCCCGGAGGACGCUACCGGGCGCUGUUGAGCGUCCAGAACCUGCGGGCUCAGAGCUGUGACCUUCACUUAGUGCCUCCUGAACGGCCUCAGUUCAGGCUAAUUGUGGAAAAUCCAAAGAAACCCCUUGCUUCUGGUCUUCACAUAACAGCCACUGUGGAAUAUCAUCCAGACACUGAGGAAGACCUUCAGGACAGAAUACUUCUUCAUGUAGGAAAAAAGAUAGUUGAGAUUCCUCUAAUAGGAUUAAUCCCAUGCUGCUGCCUAGAUAUUGAACCGGAGAUAAAUUUUGGCACAGUGAUUGCAAACAGCAAAGUCAUUAAUACAGAGAUUAGAAUUACUAACUAUGGAUCAUCUCCAGGUACAUUUGACAUAAAAUAUAGAGGAAGUGUUGCCAUUGUUGUGGCACCAACCAGUGGAGUGGUGGAACCUCAAACAGCACAGUCCAUUAAAAUAGAGAUCUGUACCGAUGUUCCCAGAAUAAUGAACGAAUCAGCCAUUGUGGAAUUGCAGGGGCGGCCCAGUACUGAGAUAAUGAUCAAAGCUAAUAUAGUGGAGCAAAUGCUUGAGGUUUUAGGCGUGCCUCAUUCAAACACAAUACAGUGUGUUAAUUUUGGAUGUGUCUAUUUUGGAACCUCAAAGACUGAAGAAGUUAUUCUUCAUAAUAAAAGUCCAGAGUCUACGGACUGGGUGGCAAUCCUGCAAGAUAAUGCUGUCGGCUCAGAGAUGGGUACAGAUAUUCAGAAGAGUACAGAUGCUAUUUUAAGGGACUUGCAUUAUACUGAUGGAAAAUCUGGGGUAGAUGUUUCUACUCUGAUUGCCUGCAUUCCUAACGAAGGAACACUACAGCCUUAUCAGAAAAUUGUAGUUACGCUUUGCUUUAGUCCAAAGCAGCUGAAAAGGGACAGGGACUUUGAAAGAACCCCCCCAAGACAAGAUUAUGCUCUCUUUCUGAAGUUUGAAGCUGUAGGAAGUAAAAAUGACUUUUUGCACAGUGUGACUGCUGAUGAUAUACCCACCAAUGAGAAUAAUCCCCAUCAAGUUGAGCUGGGUUUGACAGGCUCAGGGCUUCCGGUUCGGUUGAGAUUCAUCCCAGGACCAAUGGUUAAUUUUGGGGAGUGUUCUAUGGGUGAACAUACAGAUAUGAUUUGCUCACUCAAAAAUCAGUGCGAUAUUCUUCCAGUAUCAUAUGUUUUUCAUAAGAUUGCGCAUUUUAAUAUUUGUCCUGAAAAGGGAAAUUUAAAAGCAAAAGCUACACAGGAUGUGGUAUUUUCAUUUGUUCCUCAUCACAUAGGAACCUUUACAGUGAAGCAGGUGGUAGAUAUCAUUGGUCCAGUGGCAAAGAGAGAGAGCUUAUCAGCUCUGAAGAUGAAACCUUUCCAUCAAAUACAGUUAAUUUUUUCUGGCCUGUGCAAACCUGUAACUAAUAAAGUUGUGCUGAAAAUCAAUCCUGGUUUAACGCCAUUAAUUACCAAUGCAAUGGGAGUAUUUGUAGCUAACAAGGUGGACCAACACAGUGAUGUCGCACCAGUAACAUUGCUUAAAUCGGAUCAGACACAAAUUCAUGCCCACCGGAUUAAUAGGAAUUUGAGCAAUGCAAUAGUAGCUCUUCCUAAUGAUCGUCCAGCCAGUUUAAGACCCACUGAAUUGCAUAAGGAUUACAGGACUAUUUUCACAAAGGUUCCCAGGUAUCGUUACGUGGAUCCAGAGUUUUCUUACACUGUAUACGAACAACUAGAAAAACAGGCAAAUAAAGAUUACUAUGCAGACUAUAUCCGAAGUUUAAGACAGCGUCGUUUGCAUAAAAAAGCUGCUCGGACCUUUGAAAUGCUUAAUAAUUCUGUGGAUAUUGGGUUAAAGCCAGCAUCAGGGUUGAAAUAUCCGAGGGACAAGGUUGUACAGCAAGAAAUAUUGGAGGGAGAAGUUGCUUGCAUAAGUGGAAAUAGCCUGUUAACUAGCCAGCAGCUAACAGAAAUGGAAUCUAAAUCCAUAGCCAAAGAGAUUAGUGACGGGUUUCAUCCUGUACCAUCUUCUCCACAAGAGAUUGAAGAUUGCAGUUUAAUAUUGACAGCGAAGCAGCUUCACCAAAUAUUAAUUGGCCCCUCCACUAUUGACUUUGGAGACGUUUGUGUGCAUUCUACAUCUACCAGAAAAUUGUAUAUCAUAAAUAAUCUUCCCAGGCAUGUUUGGAUACAAAUAGAAGUUGAGAGUGAAGAACUGCAACAGACCAGUCCUUUGUCUCACGUCAUCCCACCAUUUACAAAGACUUUUAUUCCAGUUGUUUUUGAGAAUGACAAAUUGGGAAUGUUUCAAAAGUCUUUUAUGUACUCCAUAAACCAGCAUCACACUGGACACGUGUUAGUGGUAGCAAAAAUAGUACCUGUUGCCUUGGAGUUAUCUACAAGGGAAUUGACUUUAAAUUCUGCUUAUAACUUCUUAGCAGAAUAUGGAUUUAGAGCAACAGUCACUCUAUACAAUCGUAAAAACUACCCUGCAGAAUUCUCCUGGAAGCCUGUAAUCACUGAUCAAGGAAUGACAUUUUCUAUAUGCCCAGACAAAGGUGUUGUAGAAGCAUGUAAAGACCUAGAAUGCGAAGUAGUUUGGCAUCCAAGUUUCUCCUCUCCAUCAACAGGAGAAUUUGACUUGUGCGUGCAUCAAGGAAAAACACUUAAACUUAAAUGUUUUGCAAAGCUUGGCUCCACUAGUGUUCAGUUUAAGGAACAAAGGAUCACGUUUAAUCAUGCUCCUCUACAUUUAACUACCUGCAGAACAGCUAUUCUUCAAAACAUGGGGCAUAACCAUGCAUACUUCCAGGUCCUUGAUGCCAACCCUCUUCCUGGAAUGAUUAUCACUCCUUUUCAGGGUGUAGUACCUGUGGGAGCCCGCACUGAAAUAAAAAUCUACUUCAGACCGAAUGCAUUAAUGAAAUUUGAUAGCAGAGUGGAGGUAGCAGUACGGAAUGCAAAAUCUUUGGAACUUAGGAUUGGUGGAUCUGUCGAGGUUCCUGACAUAGAUAUCAGUGUGCACUCCUUUAUUUUCCCUGGAGUUUAUCUUGGCUCUACCCAAGAAAUUCCAUUUUCUAUUGAGAACAAAGGAAAGGCACGUGCCAGAGUGACAAUGGAUUUAUCAAGACAUGAUGACUUUACAUUACGUUUUGCUCUCCAGUCAGACAUGGGCAGUACACCAGAGACUCCUCGUUUGUAUUCUGCAACCUUAGAUGCAAAUUCAACUUUGGAAUGUUCACUGAAUUUCACACCGAAAGAGGUGGCAGCAUAUGACUUCAGUCUUCCAAUAAACAUUAACAUUGAUGAUAUGGCAUCUUCAUCGAACAUCACGAAAACUAUGAUUCCCCCUGGCUCAGCAAAGCAUAUCAUUGUCCCACGGCCUCAGUCAUUAAGUAUACCUACUCAAGCAUGCAAAGUUCAAGCAACUGUAUUACAGCCACCAUUGCAACUUUCUCCUGUGGAGCUCGUAUUUCAGUAUAAUUUUAGAAGUAUCAAGUUGGGUGUUAUAAGUGACAGCAGUAACAUAAGGAAGCUGCAGGUGAACAAUAUCUCAAAGAAACAGAUUACAUGGCGAUUUGAUCUUGAUGCUGCAGGCAAAGCAGUAGAUGAUGGUAUCUUCAAAUUUAGUUUACAUUCUGGGGUUCUCUACCCAGGUCAACACACAUUUGUUACUAUAUGCUUCUGUCCAUGUUGGCGUGGAGUAUACACAGCUCAAGUGCCAGUGUUUUUGAAUGAUGAGAGAAUUGUUUACAGAAUAGUCAGUUUAUCUGGGGCUGUGAAGGCACCCAAGAUCAACUUUGAACCUCAGCUUUUGAUACUGACUCCUGUUCCUCUCAAUGUGAAAACAGGAGCAGAUGUCUGUGUAAUUCCCCAGGAUUAUUUAAGGCCAUCAGCUUUGCGAGUUGAAAUUCCAGAAUUGGACCCUGUAGAAGAUGAUGAAGAGUGGAUUAAUCCCUUAACUGUUGACUUUCCGAAUGGCAAUGUAAUUGAAAUAGGAGACAAUAUUGGAAUCACCUGUCAUAUUAGUUUUAAAUCCUCAAAGCCAUUGUCUUUUUUAAAGAAUUUGUUCUUUGUGGAUAGAGAAGAAAACAGAUUCCCACUUCAGGUGUCUGCAACAGCAGAGAAUUGCAUCCUUACUGUGUAUCCCUACUUGGCAUGCCACCUUCCUGACCAACAAAUUAUCCUAAGAAGUGAUACUGCUGAGAUAAUUUACAGCACUGGAGAAACUUCACGGAAUUCAUGCUACAUUCCAGGAACAUGUUCACAAACUUCUUCCAGUACCUUUGACACAGUUACCAACUCUGCCUAUGACAGUUCUGUUGCAGAAUUAGAAAAGAUGCUUGAAAAUGAAAAGAUAAAGAAGACUGAUUCUACCAGCCAGAGUGGAUGGGUUAAGUGCACAUUUCUGCAAUCAGUUUUUCCUAUUGAAAACACAGAAGAAUAUGCAUUUUUCCAGAAAGUUAUUACAGCAGUUCAAAACUGGUUUACUCUCUAUGGUUGGUCUAAAGGACCAAAUCCCAUUUCCAUUCCUCAUUCUUUAAGACGCGAUGUCUGUAAAAUUCAAAUGACUUCAUCUGAGGAAAAGCUUAAAUUAAAUCUGGGUAAAGAUAUCAAGACUAUUUAUGACAUGCUGCUCCAUCUGUGUGGGCAGUUACUGCCUGGGAUUAGUUCGAGCCAAUCUUUGCCAUUUGAUCCCAUUGACCGAGUGGUGCAACUCCACUGGCAACAUGCCACAAUGAUCACUUUUCUCAAAAGUCAAGGAGCAUGCCUUUCUCACAUUUUGCCCCAGUUUCUUCUUGACUUUGAGGAUUAUAAGAAAUGGAUCUCUUUGCAGCUUGUGGUGAAGAAGCUUAAUCCUGAUGACAGCUGUAUUUAUGUUUUGGAUGACUCUGUAUUUGAGGCUAUGAGCAAACGGGCAUGGACAGAUGUGUUGCUUCAAAUAUACAAGAUUUUGGUUCUCCAGCGUGUUUCUGUUCUUGAGGACAACAACUGGUAUGAUCCAGAAGACACAGAACACAUUCCAAGAAUAAGUGUUAACCCUUUGUCUAGUAAUAUAUAUUCUUCAUCUGAAAGACGUCUUCUUACUUGGAUGAACAGACAUUUUGAGAAGACACGAAAAAUCGUGUGGAAAGACUGCAAGAAAGGUGAUAUACCACCUACAAGAUGGAUAGUAAACUUCGAUAGAAAUCUCCUUGAUGGCCUUGUCCUUGCUGCGCUAGUAGCAAGCUAUUGCCCUUAUUUGAUUUCUACUCACUUUGUGAAUAUGUACACUAAUCCAAAUGCUUCUGAACAAUAUCUUCAUAAUUGCUUGAUCCUUGUAAAUGCUUUUCAUGCAAUAAGCCUUGAUAUAGAUGUACUGGCUACUGACAUUUGUGAUCCAAAUCCAAUCAUGAUGCUUAUGCUUUGUGUCUAUUUAUAUGAACGGCUUCCUCAGUAUUUAUCCAAGAAAUCUCUUGAGUUUGCUGGCCCACUUCAUGAUACCAUUGUUAGAAAGAUACUAUUGAAAAACCCAAGUAUCAAGCCUUUGGUAUACAAUGCUACCAUUUUAGGGAGAGAAUCUGCUGAUUUUUCAUUACCUAAAGGAAAUACUGUCACCAUUUCCCCAAAGAGCCAAGUAAGCGUAAAGGUGGAAUUUACAAGCCGCUUCCUGUAUCCUGCUGAAGCUGUGCUGUUGCUUGUUUCAAAGGCUUUAUCUGGAGUGGGUGGGGCUACAAUGACUUUCACUCUGAAGACUAAGAUUAGCCAUGUUAAACCUGCUGGUAUAUUAAAAUGCAAAUCUCCAUGUUAUGAGUUGAGGAAACUUAGUCUGCAUGUUACUAGCCCUUUUAAAACUGAUGGACCGUUCAGUGUCAUUUUAGUUGAAUCAACAAGUUACAUCACCGAGCCGGAAAAGCUAGAUCACGUUAGCCAAAUAAAACAAGGAAAAAUCAAAAGUUCUGAAACUGACAUCUUGAAGAAUACACAUGACGUGAUAGAUGGACAUGGAUUUCACAGUCAAGGGGACAAUUCAAGCACUGCUAAUGAAUCCCGCUAUCUACAAGAAUUCUUCAGCCCAGUGAAUAUAGUAUUCCUGAACAGAGAGAGUACUACAACCCUCAGCCUUCACUAUCUUCCUUUUAACAUGGGGAAACGUUAUUGUGCUAUAAUUUUUGUGAAUGAACAGAUUGGGGAAUUUGUGUACCUUGUGGAGGGAACAUGUGGUUUACCAUUGCCUUCAGGCUUGCUUCCGAUGGAUAGCCCAAAUGUUCUGUGCAUUAGCAGUAUGUUAGAAGGUCAGAACGAAAUGCAGCCAGUUCUUUGUCUGAAAUGUUGUCUUAGCGAUAAACUUAAAGAAAAGCUGAAGAUCCCCCUAAUCAAUGCAGCUAGGGAGAAGGCUCUGGCUAUUGCAGCACAGCAGCAGAUGUCUGCUUUGGAGUACGAGCGAAGAAAGGUCACAGGGACACUUGAGAGCAGCAGUGUUCGAGUUGCAGUUGCAGCUUUAGGACUGUCAAAAGUUGAGAAAGAUGUUCUGCUCCACCAUCCUAAAUUCUCUGAAAAAUAUACUGAGUACAGUGUUGAAGUAAGCAUGCCUGAGUGUUUUCAAAUCCCUGCAGCAAUACAUAUACCUGUGUUGGCAUCAAGCAGGGUUAAUACUUCACAGCAAGGAGAUAAUUGUUCUGCAGAAGAAACAGAAGACGAUUCAGUUGAGCUUCCUAUAAUGUUUAUGCCUCAAUGUCCUGGCCGUUAUCCUUGCCACAUUCUUCUACAGUCCAUGUAUGAUAUCCGUCUCUUUAAGAUAGAAUGUGUGGUGAAUACACAUACUGCUGAGGCUGAACUAGAGUUUGUGACUCCGGCAUAUCAAACAGUGACUCAAGACAUCCCAAUAACUAACAUGAGUCAACAAGAUUGGAAACUUAAAGCCAAUUUAAAGGGAUGCUGUUUCUUUGGUCCUCCUCUUAUAUAUGUAGCCCCAGGUGAAACAACUCCUUAUACUCUCAUGUUCAAGCCAACUGCUGAAUGUGUAACUAAGGGGAAGCUUAUUUUACAAAAUGAAGCAGAUGGCACAGAUCAUGUCUUUGUCCUGAAGGGGAUUGCAACAAAACCAUUGGCACUGGAUCAUAUUAAGAUAGACUGCCAAGUUAGACAGAUUACACAGAAGGUCAUAAUGGUCCCCAAUUUUACCAAGAAUGAAUUGAAAUACAAGGUGUCUUCAGAUCUUCUAAUAGUCAGUGGUGACUCAACUCUCAUUGUAGAACCUGGUGACACAACUGCUUAUACUCUGAAUAUAUCUCCAUGGAAACGUGGAGAAUUUAAAGGUGUAAUUGUAUUUGUUGCUGAAGAGAGCGAACUCCAGCAACAUCAACAAAACAACUUACUGGAGAAGGCAGAUGGUGUGCAGGCUUCUCAGAAAUUAUCAACACAGGCACUGCAAACAGUCAAUGCAGCAAAUGCUGAACAGUACUCAUCAUGCUGCAAAGUGUGGUUUUCCCUGGAGAUACACAGUAUACCAGCUCCACCAGAAAAAACUCUGGAUGUGAAAUGUACCGCUCUGGAUACAGUUACCAUUGGAAUUCCUAUAACUAAUCCUACAGUUGACAGCCUGCCAUUGGAUGUGGUGCUAAUAGAUGCUGCUACUCUUAGCGGUGAAAAAAAGCUUCUUCUUGAACCCAAAGAAACGUUGCACUAUGAAGUAAAGUACUCUCCAGCUGUUACUGGCAAAACAAAUGGAAGUGUUAUAUUCCUGUCAGAGAAGCUUGGAGAAUUUUGGUAUGCACUAAAACUGAAUGCAAUGAAACCUCAUCCAACCAGAUUGCCUGAAGUAGAGUGUGAGCUCGGAAAAUGGGUUCAUCUGUACAUCCCUCUGGUUAAUCCAACAUAUGAAAUUCUGGAACUGAAAUCUCUGAACACCAAUUCAGCCCAUUUUUCAAUGGAGAUCGACCUCAAAACCCAUCUGAUUGUAGCUCCACAUUCUACUACCGAAGUACCAGUUCAGUUUUGUCCUUCUGCACUAGGAAGAGCCAGUCACACUGCAAAAAUCAUUUUCACAUGCCCACAGCUUGAGGAAUGGGUAUUUUUCUUAUCUGGUGUUGGUCUGAUUCCUCAGCCAAUGGAGCCAGCUAGUGUAAGUUCUUGUCUUGGCCACCAUUCUUCUAUCAUCAUAACCUUCAGGAAUCCUACAUACGAAGAUGUAGUGGUAGAUGUCAUUUUAACAGAUCAGGAGCAUGUCAUGCAUCAUCCCGAUGCAUGUGUAUUCCACCCUUCCAGUAAGGACUCUGUUUUCUGGCUUCCACUCAAGCAAAAACAAGGAAUUCCUUUGCCUCCCAAAAGCAAGCUCGAUAUUCCAGUAUUGUUUGCACCUGAAGCCAUGAAACUGUAUGACGCUCUGCUUGUUGUUAAAGUUCAGAAGUUGCAUGGUGAAAUCUGGUCAUAUGAUGAUACCUUUGAAUUAAGCGAAGCAUCAGUCAGCAACACCAUAAUAAAUGAGAAUGAAGAAAUCCAGGGACUCUGUUGGAUAUAUCCAAUUCAUGGAAUCCCCGAAGCACCACCCUAUAAAUCAGCACCAGCUGUUGUAUGCUGCCGAGCCCGCAGUAGACUGGAGGAAAGAAUAGAAGUGCUGCUAACCGGGGUGGUUUCUCGAGACUCUGUAACUGUAACUCCUUUCAAGAACAACUUACUCUGUAGUCGUGACGAAAUUCUACUGACUGAAGGAUUUUCUACAACAGAUGAAUUUCUGUAUGAAAUUGAGUUUGAAUCUGAAAGAGUGAAAUCUCAACUAAAGUCUGCAAUAGCUAUAACCUUGAUGAACAAAGAUCGGGAUCUGAAAACUGGAAUUGUGACCCUGGUUUUCAAUAUAGUAUUUGCACCCAGCAAACCAUUAAGGUACAUGACAAUGCUGGUGGUACAGUGCAGCACAGGAGGCAUUUGGAAGUUUCCAAUACAGUUAAUUGCCACUGAGCCGGAAGUGGAUGAUGUCAUCAAUAUUGAAGCCACAGGUUUAAACAAGGAAUCCAUAAUUAGCUUUAGGCUUACAAGCAAAACCAGGUACCCAGACCCUUACACAGCAUACUUCCUACCAGGCAGUGAUCCAGAAUUUGUUGUAUCGCCUCAAGCUGGGGAACUUCUUCCACUUGACACGGCAGGUACCUGCAUAACUGUUGGAUUCAAGCCCAGUAUGUACAGCAAGAAACACAAAGCGACAUUAGUAAUACAGACGGCAGCAAUGCAAUGGAUGUAUGAGAUCAACGGCCUGCCCCCAGAGACUAUGCCACCAACUUCGUCAGCAAGAGUUGAUUGCAGGAAUACGCAUGUGAGAUCAGCAUCAGUGCAACAACGCAACUUUCUACGUGAAAAUAUGAAACUGUUAUCCACUGGCGUGUCCUCCACUGUCAAAGGAGCACCUCUCACUUUGAGAGCAAAAUAA